UUUGGCGUCUGACAUGUGGCGACACUUUCAAAUUUUGAAGCGUUUGAUGUUUUUCUAGGUUAUGUAUUUUUUUAAGUUGUAAAUUUAAUUUUAAAGUAUUUUAACGAUGUGAGUUUGUGUUUUAAUAUUUUACAAAAAUGGAGAUGAAAGCCGCAAAGCUAAGGGAAGAAUUAGACGAGCUGGGUUACUACCUAACAUUUUCCCACGAAUCCGUCCCCCUUGUCGAAAAACUCGUCGCCGACCUGAAAACAACGACCCAAAGCCUACAAAAAUACAUGAAAAUAGCCCAAAAUGCAAUCGAGGAACGAGACAAUCUUCAGUUAGGUGCGGAGCCCUAUCGGUGCGAUAAUGCGCGGUUGGUGAAAGAAUGUAACGAGUUGCAUCAGCAGUUUUUACGUGAAAGGGAGGAAAAUGAGAAAAUUCAAAGAGAUUUAAAGAGGCGUUUGGAGUCGUUGAAACAAGAAAACAUUGACUGUCUUACCGAACGGGAGAAGUUGAAAGCUAAAAUCAAACAAUUGGAAGUGGAAAUUGUGAAUUGUGGGGAAAUUCUCUUAAAUCCCAAACAAAAACCCAAACCUGGGCUAAAAAGUGCCUCAACUACUGCGUUAGUUGGGCAGAAGUCGACCAGAAAAGCGAAAAAUUUUGAGCUAAACAGCGCCAUGGCUUUGGCGGACCAAAAAAUCGCCAACUUAAGUAAAGAUGUAAAGAAGUUGAAGGAGCAUAACUUGCAAUUAAUUGAAGCUAAUGAGGUUUUGCAAUCACAGUUAAAUAAUAGAGAUAAGGAAAUAAAGCGCUUAAGUGGCCUUCUGGAAGGUGGAAGGCCCAUUCAAGCAAUAAAAAAAGAUUGUACGUGUAAUUGCACUUGCACUAAUAAAGAUUUACAUGAGGGUGGUUCAGAUCAACUGAACAAGGUUUUGCAAGAAAAACACGUUCUGGAAAAUCGUCUUAAAGACGCUCUCGCUAAACAACACGAAGCAAUGAAACGUUGCAUGCAUUUAGCGGAAAGAAACAAAUUGUUGGAGAAAGAAAUGAAAGACAUUGACCAUUUAGCUUUAGCUGUCGAAGCUGAGUGUAACAAUACCGUUAAAAACAACGCGGAGAAAGUUAAUCGUUUGCAGGACAGGAUGCAAGAAAGUCUUAUUCAAAUUCAAACUUUAGAAAGAGAAAACAAUCAGCUUAAACAAGACACAAAAGAACUGAGUGAAAAGUUGGACGCUAUUACGGGAGAGAAAAAACAUUUACAAACGGUUUUAGAAACGUCCUUGGAGGAAAAAAAGCGACUGACGGAUAAAAUUAACAACUUCACGAUAAUUGAACAUGAUUUGAAUAUGGAAAUUGACAGAUUGAAUCGCCUUUCAGCCGAACAAAAGAAAAAAAUCGCCGAAUUGGAAUCAUUAGUGGAUUCAAAAGCACACACAGAGGAGGCCAAGCGUAUCACUUCUGACGUGUCCCCAAGUCGGGGUAAACCCAAAAUUAAGAAAAAACCUCCGAAAAAACCAUCGAAAAGUGGUUCUCCCGUUCAACCAUCACUUCAAGUGCCCACAAAUACGCCCAUUGAUGGGUCUCCUGGGACAGGCAGGUGUUGCAAUUGUCACUGCGAUUCCUGUUCUUCGUCAAAACAUCUCAAAGAGUUGUUGGACAAAGAACUGGAAUAUAGGGAACAACAAGCUGCUCGCUGUAUUGAUAAUUUGAAGUCAGAGAAAGAUUAUUAUAUGAGAGAAUAUCAUAAGAUUUUAGAACAAAUGAAAAAUGUGCCUAGUCGGCCGAGUAGUAGUAGAAUUGAUAAGAAUAAUGAACUUGUUCAAAAAUUGUCGGAACAAGAACAGACAUUAGCUCUCUUAGAACACAAAAAUAGGAUGUUGUCGAAAGAAAAGUUUGAUUUGAUUUCAAAACUUGAUAGUGUGAGGGAUUUACCUGAUACAAGUACGGACGGUCCUUGUCUCAAAGCCAAUUGUAAGCGCACCGAGCGUGAGCGCGAUCUUUUGCGUUCAGAUCUUGAAAGAAUUGAAGAAGAACGAGAUAUUCUCAGAUCCAAAUUAAAAAAUGUGUCAGAAGGUCAAAUUAACGAACAAGAGAGACUGAAAAAACGUCUCUUAGAUGCGGAAGACCAAAUUCACAAAUUAGAACAGGAACGUCGUGAAUUGAUUCAAAAUCAAGGAACAAGAAGAUCGGCAAUUGAUACUCUUGAAGAACAAUGCGAGACUCUUAAAAAUCAAUUACGCACAGCACAAAACGAACUGAAUCAACAGAGGGCGUUAUACAAUCAAUUAAAGACUUUGCAUGAACAAACUGAUCGCUCAUUAUCAGACACUCAGAGUAAAUUAAUUCAAGUGGAAUCGGAACUCGCUAGUGCCUUAGAAAAUUUGAAACGGCGGGAGCAAGAUAGGGGAACAGUCAGCAAAGAGGUGGAUUUGCUGAAAAAUGAUAUUCAGAUAAUGAAAAGUCAGUUGGCACAAAUUGACCAGGAGAAGGACGAGUUGCUGGUGGCCUUAGAUGACAAGACUGAAAAGCUCGCAAUGAUGGAGCACGAGCUGAAAUCCCGCGAAAAGACAAUUUCUUCACUCGAAUCGGCUGUGAAUGAAAUGAAGAGAAAACUGGGCUCGUCCGUCGACGAGAAUGCGAAUCAAAGACAUGAAAUACAAAGUUUAGAAACGGAAUUAGCGACCAUGAAACAGGAACUUGACACUAUUAAAAAAAUUAAAGACAGUGCGAUUCAGGAGAAUCGCAGACUUCAGGACGAUUUAGGUUCGGUCACUUGUGACUGUCGGGACGCUCGCAAGGAGUUAGAAUUGUACAAGAGACAAGUGGAUGAUUUGAAAACUCAGCUCCAGCAUUACGUUGCUGAAGUUAAAAGAACCGAGGAUCUGAUCUCGAAUAAAGAGAUUGAAAGGAACGAGUUGUUGGAUCAGUUUAGGUCGCUCAGUCAUGAAGCCAAUAUUUUAGAAACUAACAAUCACACUUUAGAAACCGAAGCUACGCAAAGUAGAGUACAAUUGUCGGUCGCGUUGGAUCAUGCCGCCGAUUUGGAACGCAAACUGGACAAUAAGGACUCGAUCAUUCACAGUUAUGAGAAACAAAUUGCUGAUUUGACCAGUCAAAUUGCAAGUUUGGAGAUCCAGCUCAGACAGUGCAUGAAUCAUUACGACAAAGCUGACGAAGAGUUGCAAAACAUGCGGGAUUUUUCCUUGAAAUUAGAGUCGGAAAAUGCGCGUUUGAAGCGACAGUUGCGCGAGAGGGACGAUCAAAGAAUGCAAAUUGAUCGAAACGUUGAUCAGUUGAGAAACGAACGCGAAUUUUUACAACACACAGUCACGCGAGACAGACGCAAUGUGGAAUCGGUUGAAAGGGAUUUGCACGAUGCGAAGCACGAAACCACCGAGUUGAGAAUCUUGAAUCGGGAUCUUCAGGAAGAAGUGCAAAAUUUGAAAAUGCAAGUGCAAGAACUAAAGGAAAAAUUUGUUGCAACGUCCGAACAGUUAGACAUGUACCAAGAAAAGGCGCUAGAGUACGCCCAACAAAACAAACAGUUAAGGCGAGAGGUCGCAAAUGAGCGCUUUCGCAGGACUAGAGAUAGCGAAAGUUCCAAAUAUCCGUCCCUUUAAUCCUUUUUCCCUUUCCUUAGGCAACAAUACGUCCUUGAUCAUGCCACACCACAAUCCCAGUCGCCCCCUGCCAGCCUUAAAGUCCUUAUCAGCACCAGGGAAUUCCAGUCAAGGGCCAACUCCCACAACCCAGAUGACGAGAGGAGACUUCAGGGUGAAAAAG